CGUACUUUUUUCUCUAUUGUUUAUUUGUACUUAAUCUAAUUUCAGCAACCAUUGUCCUCUUGGUUUGUUUAACAAAAUAUGGGUGCCUUAGAUAUCAUCUCUGAGCUAUGUGAAUUCUGUCACGUGCACCACGGUCGUAAGCUUGUGAAACGCAACCAACUUCAGGUAGUGGAGAUAAAAGUGAAGAUGGAUUGCGAAGGGUGUGAAAGAAGGGUGAAGAAAUCAGUGGAAGGCAUGAAGGGAGUGACAAAAGUGGAAGUGGAACCAAAACAAAGCAAGCUCACUGUAACCGGCUACGUAGAGCCAAACAAAGUGUUGGAGCGGGUGAAGCACCAUACAGGAAAGAAAGCCGAGUUUUGGCCUUAUGUUCCCUACGAUGUUGUUCCGACCCCUUAUGCACCGGAGGCCUAUGAUAAGAAAGCGCCGCCUGGGUAUGUGAGAAAUGUGUUGCAAGAUCCAGAAGCUUCGACUCUUGCACGUUCAAGUCCGUUCGAGGUUAAGUACACUACUGCAUUUAGUGAUGAUAAUCCAAAUGCUUGUACAAUCAUGUGAGUAGGAAUUUGUUGCUUUGUAAAAUAUAUGUCUUGUUAGAUUGGGUAGUGUAA